UAUAGAGAAGUUUUAUCAUAAUUAAAUGAAUCCAAUCUUGAAUAUUUUUAGUGAUUUCUGCCUUUGUGACCUCCAGAAGCAGUUGCAGCAAGUGAUGCCUGUUUCUAAGAGGCCCCAAUACGAAUGCCAGAAACAAGUAAAGACAAUUCACACAUAUGAUUUCUCUAAACACCAAGAAAAAUUGAAAGCCAAGCUGUUCCCGCUACUAGGAACAGGACUGCCUUUUGUGCAUGCAAAGAAGAAAGCUAAUGUUUGCAAAACUAAAAGUGUCAGUAAGAGAAGAACCAGGUUUACAGGUGUGACCAAGAACUCUGUGAAUUACCAGACCCUGAUCGUGAUCGGAGGCAAGAAGACCUAUGUGGGCAGCUACCCUCUCGAAGUCGAUGCGGCGAUCACCUUCGACUUCUACUCUCUAAUGUUGCACAACGACAAGGCUCCGACCAACUUUUCGUGGAGAGCCGAAGACAUCUUAGAAAUGCUGGAGAGCUUCAACUGAAACGGAGGAGUGUUCGAGGCUUCUCCUUUCAGAGCCAAAAUAAGUUAAUUGUUAUAACCUCAUUCCAUAAAUC